AUGAAUGAUCAAUCUAAAGAACUUAUCAGAGAUGCAUAUUCUAAAUUAUCUAAAGAAGAUUCUUUUGUUGGUGUUGCUGUUAGAUCUAAAAAAUCAAAGACACCUGUACAGCGGCCACCAUUUGAUUAUGAAUUGUCAGAUGAUGAAAACAACAAAAUGAAAAUUGUUUUUAAAAAUGCUAGGAGCUCCUAUAGAUUGAGAUAUAAAAAAGGUAAAAGUAUUUCAGAAUCAAUGAAUACAUCUUCAUCUACACCUGAAUACAUAUCUGAAGACUGUCAAGCUAUUAAAUCUAGUGCAUCACCAAAAGUUUCUUCUACAAAACUUGAGGAAAUUGAUGUAAAUAACACAAUAAUUAAAAGACGGAAUUCAGAAAUGAAUAGUUCUUUAAGAGAAAUUGUAACACCUUUUCCAUCCAUGCAAUCAUUGAAUUACAUGUUUGAAGCAUUGGGACAUGUUUUUAAACAUUUGAAUACACAUGAACUGUUAUCAGCUUCUAGAGUGUGUACCGCCUGGAAUUUAGUUGCAAUGAAAAAAAACUUAUGGCAGAAUGUUCGCUUAAAAAAUUCUAUGGUCUAUGACUGGGAAAAGCUUGUAGACUUCAUUGAUCAACAAAGAACUGAUACAUUAGACACUAGAUGUAUGUUGAUACCCUCCAAAGUUGAAGACUUCAAAAGUUUUUGGUUGCGUUUUGCAAAUGCAAUGAAAAAAGCACAAAAGUUAAAAUUCAUUGAAUUGUAUAGAUGUCCUGUCUUUGUAGUUGAAGAUAUUAUUAACUCAUUACCUCAAAUAGAAGUACUUAAUGCUACUUCAAUAAAAAAUCCAAAUUUGAUGAAGGCAACAAAAAAUGUCAAUAAUUUAAUGUACCUAAACUUAAAUCAUUUGGGACAAAUGACAAAGCUUACGGAGUUAAGAAUUAAAAGUCUUACUGGAAUAAAAUUGACUUCAUUAACCUCUAUUAAAGUAUUUCCAAAAGAGAUCUAUCAGAGUUUGAAUACUAUUACUGAUAAUAUUGAGUUUUUUGAAAUUGGCGAUUGCAAAUUCUUAACAAAGGAUUUUGCUGUGUCACUAAAAAGAUUUGUCAAUUUGAAAACAUUGAGAUUAGAAAAUUUUUGUGGAUGCAAGCAAUUUGCACAGGAUAUUUUUACUGUCAUUAGAGGUCUUGAAAAGCUCAUGGUUCUAGAAUUGGUAAACAUAGAAUUCAUUAAUUGUGUCAAAGAUGAACUGGAAAAAUGUGAUGGUAUUAAAGCUUUAUUGAUUAUUCCUACUUAUGUGAACCAAUCCGCAACUACUAACUAUCUGCUGAUUGACUGUCUCAAGAAACUCUCCAAGACAUUAACGCACUUAGUUUGGGGAUUGACUCGUGAAUUACUCCGUGUUACUGACUUACUUAUAACUCAAUAUCAACAGAACCAACAUACUAUUGGUUAUAAUUUAGAAUUAUCCCACACCAAAGAAACCAAUAUACCUGUACUCAGAACAAUAAAGCCCCAAAAUCGACCGGGAGAUGAGGCUACUCCUGAAAAAGAAAAAGACAAGUCAAAUUAUGUUGAUAUACUGUCAGUUCCUGCUCUAGAGAAAUUGUUAGAUACUAUGAUGCCUGAUGCUAAAACUAAGGUAAUUAAAGUUCCCUUUUCUGGAACAAAUAGAGUUUAUUUGAGUGAACAGAUUCAUGAUCAUUAA